AACUGUCAAAGAUUGCUGCAGUGAUGGCAGCAUGAAUUUUAAAAAAAGCACAAACCGUUCCGGAGACAUUCAGAAACCUCAGUUUUUAUUUCCUCUGUUGAGCAAAGCGACCACACUCAACCAGUCAAUCAGUAAAAUGGAUGACGUCGAUUAUGUGGAAUACUCACAUUACAACUACUCAAGCAUCACGACAGCUGAAGGAACAGUUUCACAACACAAAGAAAGUUGUCUGAAGGAAGGCACGUGCAUGCUUCUGACUGUAAUCAAUGUGGUAAUUUUCCUGCUGGGCUUUUUUGGGAACAUUCUGGUCAUCUGGAUCUCUGGCUUUAAGAUGAGGAAGACCGUGAACACCACUUGGUACCUGAGCCUCGCCAUGUCCGACUUUUUAUUCUGUGCUUUUCUGCCGUUUAACAUUGUCAAUAUAGCAAUGAAAGAGUGGUUCUUUGGUUCCUUCAUGUGCAAGUUCACCUCUGCAGCGUUGUCCAUCAACAUGUUCAGCAGCAUCUUCCUCCUCCUCAUAAUCAGCAUGGACCGCUGUGUGUCCGUCAUGUUUCCAGUUUGGGCCCAGAACCACCGCUCUGUUCAAAAGGCAUCAGCCGUGGUUGUUUUUGCUUGGCUUCUCGCCGCCGGAAUGUCCAUUCCCUCAUUGAUCUAUCGUCAGGUCCACACGAAUUCUGAUGGAUCUCAGUCCUGCUACACUAAUUACGACACAACAUCUACUCACAUGAUUACUGUUGUGACCCGCUUCAUUGUGGGUUUCGGGGUUCCAUUCACCAUCAUUAUCAUCUGUUACUCCAUCAUCAUCUUCAAACUUCAAAACAACAGGAUGGCAAAGUCCUCCAAACCCUUCAAAGUAACGACUGCUCUCAUUGUUGCAUUUUUCGUGUGCUGGCUGCCCUACCACGUGUUUGUCCUGAUGGAGCUGAACCACCGCCAAUACGACCUCAACGUUUUAACUACUGGAAUUCGAGUGGUUAGCAGUUUAGCAUCAGCAAACAGUUUCCUCAAUCCAUUACUGUACAUCUUCAUGGGAAAAGACUUCCAGAAGAAGCUGAAGAGCUCAUUGAUUUCAAAGAUGGAGAACGCAAUGGCUGAUGAAAGACCCACUACCAGUUGAUACCUGUCCAGGUCCAGCUCCAUGGACGGCAGAGCUUCCAGGCACAUUUAGAGGCGUGAACGUUUGUAUGAAGCUAAAUAAAUAAAUAAGUAAAUAAAAGGUCUAGAAA